AUGAGUGCCAGUUUGGGCGCUGUUCGUGCAACUGAGGAGAAAGCUUUAAAAGGCGUUGUGCGUGAUGGGCACUUGAGAUUUGUCCGCAGUACUCAUGAUGCUAUGCGAGGUGGGGGAAAAGCGCCUGCGUGGCCCAGCUUUAGCCUUUCGGAGCCCUUGAGCCAUGCCCGAUUAUGCACUGCGUGGCUAGGGAAUGGCGGGAGAAUUAAUGGACCAAUGACACUUGGUCUGAAUGACAAGUCAAUUCUGGGUAGCCAUCUGACCAGGAGGACUGACUACCUGUUCCAGCCACCUCUUGUUCAGUUCCCGCUCCCUUCAUUCAUCGAGUCCUCAGUCUCUUUCCAGGCGCACAGGCUCACAACCUUGGCUUCGAGGCUUCUAGCUUACCGUCCAGACGGUGGAACUUGGCACCCGGCCCUUGGCAAUCGCGUGCGACAAGGCCCCAAGAGUGCCACCUGCGAAUGGCGGCGAGCGAAGGGAGCGAAUGGGGGGGGUGUCCCCUUGGCUAGGGACGAACUAAGGGCAGUCGCUUGCGACGAAAAUCUUUACACAGAUGCACACCCGUGGUUCGAGGACUUAUCGGUCUCUGUUCCAGAAUUUUUUAUGACCCACAAGGCACCCCGAGAGCAGCGAGUGUCGGAGCAUGCGAAGGAAUGA